AUGUCCACCGAGCGUCGCAUCAAGACCCUGAAAGCAAGGCAGAAGAGCCUUAUCACAUCGUUCGAACUCGCCGUGCAUUUUGUAGAGGGAUUUAAGGAAGACACCGAUUGCCACGAAGUCCCCGUGAGGUUAGAACACCUCAUAACGAUUUGGAAUGAUUUUAACACAGUCCAAGGAGAGCUAGAGACGCUGGAUGAUAGUCACAUUGAGGCUCAUUUGAAGGACCGUAUCGCCUUCGAGACCGCAUACUUCAAAGCAAAAGGGUUCCUUCUAUCGGUGAAUAAAGUAGCAUCUACGCCUCCGUCUCCGAGUACUCAAUCACAUCUGCAAACCUUCUCUACGUCCCACGUGCGUCUGCCAGAUAUUAAACUACCUGUGUUUGAUGGUGCCCUCGACCGCUGGCUUAAUUUCCACGACUUGUUCAUCUCUCUGGUUCAUUCAUCUCACGAGCUUUCAAACAUACAAAAGUUUUAUUAUCUGCGUUCUUCGCUCACCGGGGAAGCUCUGAAAUUGGUACAGACGAUCGCGAUUUCGGCCAACAACUACAUGGUAGCUUGGAAUCUCCUGCUAGACCACUAUCAGAACACCACCAGGCUGAAACAAUCGUACAUAGACUCGCUCUUUGAAUUUCCAUCGAUUAAACGGGAAUCAGCGACUGAACUUCACUCUUUGGUAGAAAACUUCGAAGCCACCGUGAAAAUACUCAAGAAACUCGGUGAGAAGACGGAAUAUUGGGAUCUUAUGCUCAUUCGAAUGUUGAGCAUUCGACUCGACGCGACUACACGGAGAGAUUGGGAAGAGUAUUGCUCCACCAAGGACGUUGUCACGUUUCAGGAUCUCACAGUCUUUAUCCAGCGUCGCGUUACCGUUCUGCAAACGAUCGGUAAAUCUCCGGAAUCUUCAACAGCAAAUCAUACAAAGAAACCGGUUUCACGGCCAGUCGCCAGCCACGGAGCAGCCCAGACCAAUGUUAGAAAGUGCUUAGUGUGCUCCGACAAUCAUCCAUUGUACAUGUGCGCUACGUUUUCCAAAAUGUCACUCGACGAUAAGGAAAAGGAGGUUCGCCGGCAUCAGCUGUGUAGGAACUGCCUGCGUAAGGGCCAUCAUGCAAGAGACUGUUCGUCUUCGAGCACAUGCCGAAAAUGCAGAGGUCAUCACCACACACAACUCUGCUCUCUGCUGUCAGGAUCCAGUUCAUUCAAGGCGAGCUCGGAAUCAUCUCCGCCCAAGGACAAAUCUACUCAGCCCGCAAACGAUCAACAAUCAUCGCCAUCGGUUUCGGCAGCGAUCACGGAAAUAGCCAGUCACGCUUCUGCUGAAGAGCGACCAAAAUUAGUCUUGCUCGCUACUGCAGUCAUACUUGUUGUCGAUGACAACGGGCGAGAACAUCCAGCCAGAGUUCUGCUCGACUCUGGCAGCGAAUGCUCGUAA